AUGUUGCCAAAAUUACAUCAAAGUUCCUCUGUCUAGGCAGUGAGAACAUCUGAAGAUUUCAGUUUAAAUGAAGUCAAAAGAAGAUAAAAAUAAUUAGAGUUGGAAUCUUAGACAGUUGAGAAUAGAAUCAAAUAAAUAAGGAAAGAAAAUGAGAAACUGUCAAAAAAAGUAGAGAUGGCAGAACAAUUGGCACUUGAUGUGUAUGCCUCACGACUUGCAUAGAAGAUGAAAAAAGAACAGAAGUAACAUCAACUAUCUAUGACUGAUCCAACUAAAUAUUAGUAAACCCAGUAUGAGAGAAUGCAUCUCAAAAAGAUGAAGUAAGAGGUAAAGGAGAUGAAACAUUCAGAUGCUUAAUUAAUGAAAAAUUCCAUUAAAUUCGAAUUGAUGAGAACAAAUGAAGAGCAAAUUAAAAUGGCCUAAAAUCUGAGGUUGAGAGCAACUUUGAAGAAGGAGGAGGAAAAAUUGUCAUAAGCGAUGAUUCAAGAAAAGUUAUAUGAGAAAUAGCAAAAGGUGAGGUUGGAGUAGGAGAGGGAGAGAUAAAAGAUAAUAAUGGAAAAUGAAAAACAGGAGUAUUCAAUUAAACAAUUAGAAGCGUAGGAGUUGAAGUUGGUUGAAAAACUAUAAGCAACGUAAUAAAGAGAGUUGGCUGUUAAGGAGAAGUUGAUGGCAGCUACGAGAUUGGCUCCUGAGGAUUUUGAUAGGACGUAUUUAGGGGGGCAAUCUAUUAUUUGUGAUCCAGAAAAACAAGAAUAAAAAUAAGAAGAGUAAAAAGAAUAGUAGGAAUAAUAGGAGGGCGGUUAAUAAGGAGAAGGAGGAUAGUCAGGAGAAGGAGGUUAAGGGACAUAAACUGAAUGA